GGCAAAGAAGAGGCAGGUGGAAAAAUAGAACUGUGUCUUGUUCAUGGUUGGAACUAGUAUAUUAUUCGUUCAGAAGGGUCUGAUUUGGGUUUUUAAUUGAGUAUAACGCGCUUUUUAAUUGCAAUAUAUUCUGUAACUCUGUUUUUUUCCAUUUGUGCUAUUUUGGGAUGUAUUUACAUAGUUAUGGAUACAGUGCUAAAUGUGCACUAGCAACCUCGAAGACUGAUGUAGUGUGCUUGCUGAUUAGGUCAUAUAGAGGGGUUUAUAACCUAAACAGUGAACUGUGGUAAAUUAAAAAAAAACUGAAUUGUAAAAUCUAGGCUAAAUUCAGCUACUUCUCCAUCUUGACAGUUUUAGCCUAAAUCUCGCGUUUAACCCCUUAAGGACCAAACUUCUGGAAUAAAAGGGAAUCAUGACAUGGCACACAUGUCAUGUGUCCUUAAGGGGUUAAAGGGACACUCCAGGCACCUAGACCACUUCUACCCAUUGGAGUGGUCUGGGUGCCAACUCCCACUACCCUUAACCCUGCAAGUGUAAUUAUUGCAGUUUUUUAUAAACUGCAAUAAUUACCUUGCAGGGUUAACUCCACCUCUAGUGGCCGUCUACUAGACAGCCACUAGAGGGCACUUCCUGCUCUAUAGCACAGAAAAGCACCUCCAGCGUCGCUCAAUUCCCCAUAGGCCGUCUACUAGACAGCCACUAGAGGGCACUUCCUGCUCUAUAGCACGCACCUCCAGCGUUGCUCAAUUCCCCAUAGGAAAGCAUUGAAAAGCAUUUUCAAUGCUUUCCUAUGGGGAGCAUGCGCAAAUGCCGCUCAUGCGCAUUAGGUCUCCCCGGCCCGUGGGCGGGAUCAGUCUCGCCCACCGGCCAAUGCAAAGACUGGGAGGAGCGGCGGCGAGAAGAAACCACCGCCGAGGGACAUCGGCAAGGUCUCAGGUAAGUGACAUGAAGGAAUUUUCACCCCUUCAGCAACCAGGGAUUGGGAGGUGGGAGAGAGAGGGGACCUGCAGUGCCAGGAGGAGUUUCCCUUUAAUGGUUAGUUCACACCUUUUUAAAAGGACAUUCCACUUCCCCUCUCCACCCCCAAAAAUCACUGUUUAGUUAUCCAAAUGAAAACUUGCAUGUAUUUAUUUAUGAAUUUGUUCAUUGUGUGUAUAUAAAAAAAACUGCCUGCAAAAAAAGAUCUGCUUGUCUGCUGCCUUUGUAAGCCCUCCCCUUCUAACCCUGCCCAUACAUUCUGUGACCGUCCAAUAACAGACUUCCCAAUGCAGCUCAAUGAGAAGUUUGUCUCAUUGACAGCUGGGGGUGUAACUAGGUUAAUUUCGAAACAGGUAAAUUUCUAUUGAAAUCUGCACUUUUUGUAAAAUUAAAGAAAUAAGACACACUCUUCACACAUAAAGCAUUUCAGCAAGCUAAAGUGCUUUAUGGUACUGGAGUGUCCCUAUAACUUUUCUUUUUUAAAUUUAUAAUAUCCGAUAGUGUAUUAGGUGCCCUCCCCCUUACAGCUAGUAGAGUGUUCACUGAUGUCACCCAGAGUAUAACAAUAUUGUGAUAUCCCACUAUAUAAUCCCCAUACCCCUGCCUCCAUUUUUUGUUUAUUAAGAUUCUGUAUUAGCUUGAGCAGCAUGUGGACAAUAUGAAUGAGAUUGAGGCAGGUAUAGUAUGGUAAACUGCGGCAAAGCUAAUAGUUGUGAUUUCACCAGCAAUCCAAAUAGGUUUAGGCUUAGACGCACUAGCAUUCAAGAUGUUAUGGAGAGUAUUCCAGGUCACAACAUCUAAUGCUUGGAUUUAUAGAGUUACGUGGUUUAGAAGACAGUCUAAUGGGAAGUUUUGGGGUAGUUGCAUUCUCUAAUAUCUAGAUUACUUUGGACCGAUAGGGGUACCUAACCAUAAUCCAACCCGACUCGUUCUCACCUAACCACUGCACUUGCUAUAUCCCACCCUGUAGUGAACACACUGUUGUGAUUAGCAAUGAAUAAAUGUAAUUUAUACAAUAGUCAAUUACCAGGUUAGUAAUCAAGUUUGGAUUGACUUGAUUUUUAAAAAAUAUUCUGUGUGAAGUGAGCUUUCCCAUUUAAACUACAAACGCCAUAUUUAACUAGACUUAAUUUCUGCUGGAUGUGGGUGUCUUCUUUGGCCAAAAUUAUGUUUUUGCUCAUUUACUAAGCUGAAUAAAAAAUAAAAAAUGAAUGAAACCGUUAAAAUGUUUAUUUUUUAUGCGGUAAUAGUUUAAAACAUAGGGUUUUAUUCACUAAAGCAGGAUUUGUAGAAUAGUAAGAAGGGAAUUGCAAGCUUUAGGUAAAAAGAAAAUAUUCUUGAAUUAGAUGAAAAAGCUUUCAAGCAAAAAAUAAAUAAAAAGUCCAUCCAUUUUCCACAAAGUCUGCUUCAUCCUGUGGAGCUGGUACUUCAUAAUUGCGAUUCUAUGUGGCACAUAACCCUUAUUUAAGGUUCUGUGAUGUACUGCUAAGAACUGAGAUAGUAAUUAACGUUAACCCUAUAAAGGCUAAUGACUGAGUAAUUUAUUGCAUCUGUAGCCACAGCUCAGAAUUCGAGGCAAUUAACAUCAACUGGCAUGGGUGAAUGGAAACAAAAGAUGAACACAAAGGGGGUUAUUAACUAAACAGGGGAUUUUGGGGCAAAUAUAGUGUACUGCAAGUCUGUGCAUAAAGGUAGAAGCAGUUACAAGAACAUACUCAACUCAGCGGUAUGUUUUCUAGCUCCACCAUCUUGGAAUACAUUUGCAAUUUCCUUGUCAAAUCCCCCAGUUCUGAAUUUAAUGAAUAAACAUCCUAGUAUCACAAUUAGUGAAUAAAAAGUGUAUAAGUAAAACAGAUUCAGCCUUUUGAUCUGUUUAUAUUGAAAAUAUAAAACAAUAUAAUUUAAAGAUGGAGCAGUUGGGGGGGGCGGAGCCUGACAGCUAUGCUGACCGGUCGCAUGCUGGAGAGGCUCCUGCUGAGUUUGGCCUUUUCAGCUGAAAUUCUGGACUCAUGGCUAACACUCAAAUAGUGUACUUUAGCCAAGUGUGCAGGCAGCUGUUGGCACUACCGUGGACUCUACGAUCGGGAGUUUUUAUACGAAGUUUGGAGCAUGUGGCGUACUUGGGAGAGGAGAGGGGCAGACGGCUGCUGCCCUGUUCUUAUGCGUGGCUGCCACUCAACAGCCCUGUGACACUCCUCACAAGCCUCGGAUCCCUUCCCAUCCCAUGGACCAGCGGUCGUUAUUCUGGUCCCCACUGGACGGAGCCGGCGCUAUGCAAACUAUCCUUGCAGAGCUUACCUAGCAUCGUGGCCUACACUCCUAUUACCAGUACUCAGGGGCGGACUGACCACUCGAGCACAUCGGUCAUGGACCAAGGACCCGAGACAGCUAGGGGCCCGGCCGCACAGCCAUGCUCUAGCUAGAGAGAACAGAGAUCUCUCCAACUGGAAUGGCAAACUAAAAAAAAAACUCUUCCCCAGCAACCUACUGUUCUGCACAUUACCCUCUCCUCCCUCCCAUUAAAUGAGACCUAGUAGCAUUACCUGCUCUCUGCCAGGUCUCCUUCUUCCUGUCCCAUGCGGCACUCUGUAUGAUUGGAGAGGCGGGGCUAGGAAGUGCCUGUACUCUCCUCACACGCAGAGCCCUCUCACAGCCAGCGGGGGGAAGGAGCAGCAGCCUGCCACAUCUGGCAUGGUGAAUGUGGGGAUAAUGAAGGAUUUACCUGUGGCAGUAUUACUAGGAAACAACUUGGGACCCUUAACCUAAGCCUAUGUCCCCAGGGAACCAGCAGAAGCCAAACCUGUGACCACACGUCUGCAAGCUUGAACGGCAGGAACUGGCCCACAUGCUGCAAAGACUCAGGUAAGAAGCGAACCCCCGACUGUGACGGUAGACCUGACCCCGUUAGAAUUGGACACCCCAGAGGAGUUUGGGAGGGAAACCCGGGAAGACCCUACCCUUCACAAGUAUAGGGCUAAGGCCGACACUGAACAAUGGGGGUUAGAGGGAGAGAGAUUUAUCUGGGAGCAGGAUCAGUUAUACAGGUUAAUCGAGACCCACAGUAAAGGGGCAGCCCCAUCCCAGAAGCAACAACUUAAAGUUCCUAGGAAAUACCGGAGGGAUCGGGCAUGACAUCCCUUUAGCCGGACACCUUCGCCGGGAGUAUCAAAGGAUGUACAUCGGUACAGCAAAACUUGCAAUACCUGUCAGCGAGUAGGGAAGAGCGGGGAUCACCCCAAAGCUGUCGACCUGGUGGGGCCCCUACAGAGACCCAGUCCAUCUGGUAAGAAAUAUAUACUUACCAUGGUGGACUAUGCUACCCACUAUCCAGAAGCAGUCACUCUCACACAUAUCCAGGCAGACACUGGUGCCGAUGCACUGGUAAGGAUAUUUGCCAGGCUUCCCCAAGGAAAUCCUCUCUGACCAAGGAACCCAAUUUACUGCGCAUCUGACCAACCAACUGUUGAUCGUAUGCGGCAUCAAGCCCAUCCAAAGUGCCCCCUACCACCCCCAUACUAACUGUCUCUGUGAGCAGUUCAACAGCACUCUCAAACAGAUGUUGAGAACCUUCGCUGACAAUCACAGAGACUGGGAGAGAUUUCUACCGCACCUUCUCUUUGCAUACCGAGAGGUGCCACAGGAAUCUACUGGGCUUUCACCUUUCCAAAUUGCUCUAUGGGAGAAGAUUACGCUGUCCCCUUGAUCUCAUUAGAGAGCACUGGGAAGUGGAGACGGAACACGAGGGGACACCCAUCGUAACUGUAUGUUCUGUCAUUCCGGGACCGCAUGGAGCAGUUGGCCAGGAUGGUAAGGGAGAACCUCUAGGCGGCCAGGGGUGACAGAAAGCCUGGUACGAUAGAGGGGCCUGGCAGCGUACGUUCCAGGUGGGACAAAAGGUACUUGUGCAAAAGCCAGUCUGAGAAGGAAUGUGGAAGGAGAUACAUGAGAUGCUACACCUAGGGGUUAUCAAGCACUCUGAUAGCCCCUGGGCUUUGCCUGUGGUCCUCGUACCAAAGAAAGAUGGGACCAUCUGGUUCUACGUGGACUACAGGUGACUGAAUGAGCGGACCACCACUGAUGCAUAUCCAAUGCCCCUUUUAGAUGAACUGUUAGAUCGUAUAGCCAGGGGACGUUAUCUGACCACCAUCGACUUAUGCAAAGGCUAUUGGCAGAUUCCCCUUGCCAAGGAGGCUAUCCUCAAGUCGGCCUUCGUCACCCCGUUUGGCAUGUACUAAAUUAGGGUCAUGUCAUUCGGGAUGAAGAACGCCCUGGCCACCUUCCAGCGUAUGGUGGAUAGGCUCUUCGAUGGCUUCCAGGAUUUCGCCUGUGCGCACAUGGAUGACAUUGCGAUCUACAGUGAGUCCUGGGAGUAACACAUGGUUCAUGUAGGGGUAGUACUGCAAAAGAUUCGGGCCACCUGGGUAUGGCAGAGGUUCAAUAUUUGGGACACCGGGUGGAGUGUGGGAAGCAGCAGCCAGAACCCACUAAGAUAGAAGCGGUCGCUAACUGGCCCGCACCAAGACCCAGGUGUUGGCCUUCUUAGGGAUCGCUGGGUAUUACAGACGCUUCGUACCAGACUACAGUACUCUAGCCAAACCCCUGACUGACCUGACGAAAAAGAGUUUACCUAGGCAGGUCCUGUGGUCUCCCACUUUCCAGUCUUUUAAACAAGCUCUAGUGGAUGCUGCUGUCUUGGCUGCCCCAGUCCCUAACAAAUGUUUUAUUGUGCACACGGACGCUUCCAUGUUCGGACUGGGGGCAGUUCUAAGUUAAGAUGGAGGAGAACACCCUGUCGCGAAUCUCAGCAGGAAAUUGUUACCCAGGGAGGUGAGCUACGCGGCAGUGGAAAAAGAGUGCUUGGCAUUGGUUUAGGCUUUAAAGAAAUUGACUCCUUACUUGUACGGACAAGAAUUCACCUUGAUUACUGACCACAACCCAUUGAUAUGGCUUAACCGGUUCGCAGGGGACAAUGGCCGAUUACUACAGUGUAGUUUGGCCCUGCAAACCUACAACUAUACCAUACACUACCGGCCCGGGAAGCAAAAUGGCAACGCCGAUGGGUUGUCCCGUCAAACAGAGCUCACCAACUGACUAAACCACGGUCAUCCCCAAGUUGACCCGAAAAAGGUCAAACCGGGUCUGCCGGAGUGUUCCACAAGGAGGGAGCACUGUGAUGGAUUCCCCUAUCCCUGGAUUGUCAUCCUUUUAAUUUUGACUUAUUUGUUACACAGGGUGGUUCGGUGUAUGGGAUUCACUGAACACCUGGGACCCAUGUAGUUCACAUACCGAAUAAACUGCCAAAUGUCCAGACCACCCAGAGGAGUCGUGUGUUGCUCAUUGACCCUUUUGACCCUUGUUCUCACUUCGGCAACCGCAAUUAUCACAACGUUGGUGUACUGAGACCCCAGCCGACUCUAGGUGCAAGAAGAUAGUUCUUCCACCGCACCAACACUUUCCGCUGGUAUCCCUGCCGCUUGUAAGGUUAGAGUUUUAUGGAGUGUUCAUCUGAGCAGUGUGUGUGUGACUUUAGGAGUGCAAUUGUGAGGGGUGUCCGUGUGAGUGUAAGGCAGGGGUGUAUGUGCGUAGAGUAUAAACCUGUGAGUGUAUUAGAAAUUUGUCUCAGGGUGUAUGUGAAUGAGGAAUGUAAUGAAAAAAAUUAGCAAAGUGUAUGAGAAGUUUAUUUAUAUGAUGCAAGUGUUUUUUGUGCAUCUGUUUGAAUUCCCCCACCUCCUUUGGUGCUCUUUUCACCAUGCUCCACCAAUUUUGUAUUUACAGCACCCACCUCCUUGUUUCCACAUUAUCUCCUCUAUUGUCUGUCACACUUUGCCUCUCCAUCACCCUCCUGUGACUCUCUACUGUGACCUUCACAACUGUAACAUAUCAUACUCCUUUUUACAAAGCACUCCACUUGUGUCUUCCCCACAUUUCUUUCCCAUCCCUGACAAUUUUCUAACCAAAAAAUGUAAUCUUCUGCCCCCUUUCUUUAACCUCACAUGUCUGUAUACACACAGAGAGAGAGGCCAUGUGUGCCUCUGCUCCACCCAUUAAUUCCACAUGUUUCUCCGUGUUUCCAUCCCCUAUUAACCAUCCCCCUGCUUUUCAAUCAUUUCUUUCUUUUUUCUAUUGCUGUACCCAUAUAAUCCUUUUACCAUAAUUUUCUCCCUCUGAUUGCUCCCCUAAAUCUCUUCCAUGAUCUGCUCCUUACAUUGUUUUUCUCUUUCCAUGACACUCCUUGCCUCGCUUCUAUUUUUAUCCUGCUUUCCCCAACUUUUCUCUCCCCCUUUUUUUUUUGUUGUGCACAAAAUGAACAAACAGCCUCGGUACACCACAAUAGCAGUAUCAAGGUAUAAAGGAAUACAAUAUGCAUGAAAGAUUGUAACGUUUUAAAAUUAGGCACGUUUUUUAGUAUUAAGUAGAGGAUAGUUAGGCUGGAUAGUAGGUUUUAGUGUGAUGUGCUAAAUAAGUUGAGCUGACGUUAAGUAUUAUUUAAGUAGAUCACGAGUAGUCUGAUAUGUGUUAGGUAGCGUACACAUUAAUUAUACAAACUGCGGGCUAAUUUAAACACAUUUGCUAGGUAGGAAGAGGGUAACAAACCACUGGCACCCAUACCGCCCUGCCAAGACUUAGGUAUGUAAGGUAAGCGUGGUAAAGUAAAUGAAAAACAAAGGCAUAAACAAAAGGAGUUGAGGCACAGAACCCAUUGAGUAUUUAGGUGGGAAUUAUACUCAGGAGAACCUUAGGACCCGCUAUCUACACCAUGAUUUCUCCUGGUUGUAUGUAAUGGGAGUGUGGGGGAGUUAGGCAGGUUAAAUACUAUGCAAUGUGGGUCGUAUUAGACAGGCUGAUUUGGACACUGCAGUGUGUGUCCUGGCGUAGAGGGAGACCCAUGGCUGAGUAAGGUCCUGCAACCCCAGCUAACCAAUUUCCAUCGGUGGCGGUAUAAAGUUCCUGUCAGUGGAGUGCCCGAUCAGGCAUAAGAGACAGGGUCGGAGUGUGAGCUGCAGUGACAGCCUGCAAGGCCUUAUCUGUCCCUGAUGGGCCCGGGUAGGCGCCUGCACGUCGUGUAGCUCGCCUCAUCACUGGAGGUUGCGGUUCCCCUUCCAUGUUGCUCUACCAUGCGAUGGAUAAGAUCCCUCUCAGGGCGUGGGUUGUGCCGACGGUGAAGGCUCACAGCUGGACCAUGAUGACGGCACCUGACAGCCCUCCUCCGCUUCUUAACUUUCUGCCGUGUGGUAGGGUUCUGCCUAGCAGGCUGUGGCUUGGCAUUGCUCCGCUCAAUGUGAGCUUGGAUCCCGGGGCUCUGUGGUUUACGGAGAGCCUUCCGGUUACUUGAGUGGCUGGGCUGCCGCUGCUGCUUUGUUUUCCGGUGUCGUAGGUGAGACUUGAAAGGGAAGUCUGUGCUGUAAGCACCUCCAAAAUGCUUGGCAGAUUUGCUCAAACUGGAUCUCAAAGUGCAGUCUCCAUUGCUGGAGCUCUGGGCCCUCUUUAUUUUGCUGGGAGUGCAGCGUGGCGGCCAUCUUAGGUGCUUCGUGGGAUCUGCUGCAAGGCAAGAUUUUCCCUUGUUGCAAGUGAGUAUGACCUUCCAGCGGGGACUGGGAUAUCCCCCACCGGUCCAUAGGGGGGGUAGCGGGAGAACAGGAGAGCCGCUGUGCGGUGCGGACCCCGUGUUGGGAGAUCGGCCGCCUCCCCCGGCAUCCAGGUCACUAUCCUUGCUAGGCCUCAGACGCAUAUCGCGGUAAUCAGCAAUAAUAGUUGCUUGUGUGGCACCAAAAGAUUCAGUGGCCUUCACCUGUCUACUGGUAGCCCUUUUGUAGCGUUUUCUGGGCUAAGCUGUGCCGUUUUUCCACUGUAUUAGUCAAGCUGAGCGGGAGCUGUGUCUACAUGCGUCUGCUCAGCUCAGCGUUCAAGCUCCGCCCCCAUUACUCUUUUUACCUCUCUCUGCUCCCUGAUGUAUCUCCCCAUCUUCCCAUUUUUAUUUCCUAUCUCUCUCCUGCUUCCUGUUGUCUCUCCCCAUUUCCCCCUUUUUUAUUUCCUACCUUUCUCCUGCUCCCUGUGGCAGGCUGCUGCUCCUUUCCCUCACUGGCUGUGAGAGGGCACUGUGUGUGAGAAGAGUACAGCCACUUCCUAGCCCCGCCUCUCCAUGCACAGAGCGCCACGUGGGACAGGAAGAAGGAGACCUGGCAGAGAGCAGAUAUAGCUGCCAGGUCUCAUUUAAUUGGAGGGAGGAGGGGGAAAUUGUGCAGAACGGUAGAUUGCUGGGACCCUGCGCUUCCUCAGAGGCCCCACAACCUAUCGAUGGAAGAAGUUUUUUUUUUUUAAUUUUGCCGUUCCAGUUGGAGAGAUCUCUGAUCUCUCCAGCUGGAGCAUGGCUGUGCGGCCGGGCCCCUGGCUGUCUCGGGUCCUCGGUCCAUGACCGAUGUGCCCAAGUGGUCAGUCCACCCCUGAGGAAGUAUGAAGAAAGAAUGUGUGGUUUAUAGCCAGGGGAGGUGUGGAUCUAUACACCAAAACCAUUUUAUAAAGCUUUGGUGUUCAUGGGAAUGUUCAAAGUUUGUGAUAUUUUUUUGAAACUUCCAGAUCUUUGUCCCAAAGUGUUUUUUUAGGUCCUUGGACUUUGUGGUGCUGUUUCUUCAAAUCACCUUUCUACUACAUUCUGGGGUCUUGGUACUUUAUUACCAUCUUAUUCAGUGGGUGCAUUCCGAGUAGCACAGUUUACAUACAUAUACUAUAAUUGCACUAUAUUGUUAAUCUUUCUUUCUAUAGAGUUACAAUUGUAUCUCCAUUGAAUAUAUUAGAUAUUGGCUGUUUUGAGGGGGACAUCAUCUUUGAAAUCCCCAUGAAAAGCUGUAUAUUUAAACAUAAGUCUUUCGUGUUUCUAUUAUACCCAACACUUGGGUGGUGAAGAUGUGAGAUAUAUAUUAUGGGGUCUUCCUGAAAUAGAUAUGUUUAUUUUGAGAUCAUCUUAGCACACAGGUGGGCUCUGUCUAACUUAUGAUGUGACGUCUGAAGGAAAGUUUGCUCCAGAGCUUAUUUAGGAGUUUCAUAACAGGUUUAAGGACCAUAUGCAAUCAAUGAAUGUCUGUUAUGUAAAACAAAUAUCAAUACAAUUACAUUUUUAAUUCCAUCUUGCAGCAUUAAAACAUUCUGGAGCACUCUGCACAAUUCUUAGUUUAACUAAUGUAAGUUAAACCUAUGUAAGUAGAGUUUUACUUCUUACCUGAGGUAUGUCAGGCACCACUGCUCGCCUUGUCCUUUCAACUGUGAGAGUCGGAAGCUCCUACUCGGAGCUUCCAUUACCUCUCCCGAGUUAAGCCUUGCAGUUCAGGAUCAACCUAUUGACUGAGCGCAUCAGUUAAAGAACCACUAUAGUGCCAGGAAGACAUACUCGUUUUCCUGGCACUAUAGGGUCUCUAGGUCCUCCCCACCCUCUGGGUCCCCCUCCUGCUGGGCUCUAGAGGGUAGAAGGGGUUAAACCCUUACCUUUUUCCCCCGCCGGGCUCCCUCGGCGCGGGGAACUCUCCUCCUUCUUUUCGCUGUCAUCGGCUGAAUGCGCAUGCGCAGCAAGAGCCGUGCGCGCAUUCAGCCAGUCCAUAGGAAAGCAUUCUCAAUGCUUUCCUAUGAACGCUGGCAUCUUCUCACUGUGAAUGUCACAGUGAGACAACCACUAGAGGCUGGAUUAAGCCAUAGGUAAACAUAGUAGUUUAUCUGAAACUGAUAUGUUUACAGCAAAAAGGGUAAACCUAGAUGGACCUGGCACCCAGACCACUUCAUUAAGCUGAAGUGGUCUGGGUGCCUAUAGUGGUCCUUUAAAGGACCACUAUAGUGCCAGGAAAACAAACGUGCAUAUGGCACUAUAACGUCUUUAGGUCCCCCCCAACCUCAGGGUCCCACUCUUGCCGGGCUUAAGGGGGAGGAAGGGGUUAAACACUUACCUUUCUCCAGUGCUGGACUCCCUCUGCUCUGGGGAACUCUCCUCCCUCUUUCGACGUCAGCACUGAAUGAAGAGCCGCACGCGCAUUAAAUUGGUCCAUAGGAAAGCAUUUCUCAAUGCUUUCCUAUGGACGUCAGCGUCUUCUCACUGUGAUUUUCACCGUGGGAAGCGCCUCUAGUGGCUGUCAGUGAGACAGCCACUAGAGGCUGGAUUAACCCUAUUGUAAACAUUAGCAGACCCUCCCACCUCCUGGACAGCUCACUAAUAAUGCAGCUUCACAAUGAAUGUAAAAUGGAUGCUGUCCAGGAGGUGGGAGGGUCUGCUGCUGAUUGGCUGGAAUGUGUCUGCUGACUGUGAGGUACAGGGUCAAAGUUUACCGCAUAUGUUCGCCAUCCGCGGAACCGUUCGGCGAACCGUUCGGGACAUUACUAGUAAACAUAGCAGUUUCUCUUAACCCUAGAUGGACCUGGCACCCAAGACCACUUCAUUGAGCUGAAGUGGUCUGGGUGCCUAUAGUGGUCCUUUGAUUGCUUUUAGCCAAUUAGAUAAGCCCUGCAGCUACAGUUAGACCCCUGAUAUGAAGUAAAAUCAUUUUACAACAGUUUAACUAUUUAUGUUGGGUGGCACAAGGGCACUCCUGGCAUCAUAAUGGUUAUGGUACUUGUAGUGUUCCUUUAAAGAGGAAGGAAACUAGUAUAAUUUAUGAAUGACCCCACAUUUUUAUUUUAGCUUUAGGUGCAUAAAUUAAAAACCAUUCUGGAUAUUACAGGCCUUAGCAUAGCAGAUAGCAGGAUUUGACAACAAACUUGCAUUAUUUGCAAAAAAUAUACUUAUUUGCCAUACAAUUCCUGAACAAAAUCACUUCCAAAGCUUAUUGCGACACCCCUCAUCAAUAGUAACAACUACCCAUAAUAUUUAACUACCUGAAAAGCUGAUGUGAUGGAUGUCCUGAAACCCUUGAUUUGCUUGCAGCACCAUUUUUGUGACUGUUUUCUAUGUACAUAGGCAUCUCUGUAUUGUGUAGCUAUAUUAUAUUUUAUUGUAUUAUACAAGAGCAAUGUGUGUGUCUGUAUAUGCAGCUAGUGUGAAAUGUAUUUUGUACAUUGAUUACGCUAAAUCCUGUACUGCAAGUGACUACCUGCUGUGGGAGCCAGCAAGUCUACAAGCAAUCUGCCACAGCAAAGGGCUGUCUAUGCAAUGUUUUUUUACUGUAUGCUGUAGUCUAUGAAAGAUGGCUGUUUUGUACAAUAAACAGUCUGAGUUGUCAAGAAUUAUCUUGUUGGUGUCUUCAUUGAAGUCUCACAGGAUAUGGCUAUUCAUUGUCCUCUAUACAGUAAUUAAUAAUAGGAGUAGUGCCAGAGGACUACAUAAAUAGAAUAUCAUAUAGUAACCAGACACCAGUGCAGUAUAUCCUGUAUACGCUACCAAAGAUGAGUCCUAGGAAUUAGUGGAGCAGUUUAGUGGGUUAUGUAAAAAGAAUACCCACAGAUGAUAUUAGGCCGUAUUGUCCGCCCCUUUAUUGCCGUGAGCCUUCUUUUCUCUAUGUUUUUUUUGUUUUGUGUUUUAUUGAGGUUAUGCAACGCUCAAACAACUCAUCACAAUAUAUGAGAGUCAAGGCAAAUAUUGGAUAUGUCACAGUGUCGUAUACAAGCAGCCAUAAUAUAGUCAGAUACAUUACUAGACAACACACAAUGUCAUGUAAUAUAUCUACACCUCAUUUUAUAUAUUUAAGAUGUGGAAAAGAUAAGGCAAAUUGAGCAAUGCACAAGUAACAGUAUAAAAGAACGUGGCAGAAAUGUUUGCACGGGUAUGCUUCUAGUAAACGCUCUUGCCAUAUCAUUUGAUUAAAGUGUGGAGAGUGAUGUGCAUUACCCUUUACACUCUCAAAUGCAUAAUUCUUACAUAAGAAUUUACAUCUUCUUAGUGGUAACAAUCACCCUACAAAGAGUAAGUCUUACAUUCACAGGCCAGAUUACAGGGGGACCAUGCUUCAAUCCUCUUUAAGAUGCUUGAAUAUUUUCCGUAGAGUGGUACCGAUAUAUGGCUGCUUAACAAAAACAUCCUGUGUCAAAAAUAUAUUAUUGAUGAUAUUAAAGCAGAGCAGCAUUAUUUAAAAAUUAAUGGUCACAUUGAUACCAUUAUGGGCUCACUCUGCCCAGCCAAUAAGGCAUAUUUAAGAGGUAUAUUUAUUCAUAUAUAUAAUUGUAUGUAUUAAUAUCAAAAUACACUUAGAAUGAAAUUAUAUAUGUUUUGAUUCAAAAUGUAAUUAUAAAUUAUGUAUAAUUACAUUAUUUUUUUAAAAUUAAUUAUAAGUUGGUAGAUCUGCCUGACAACUCCAGCAGUCCUUCUGCAGUAAAUCUGCAAAUCAAGCUGAUCCGAGUCGUGUGAUUGCGGUGUCAUUGCGGUAACAUGAUGCAGAUGGGUGGGAUUUGCUGCAGAUCGACUGCCUCGAUUGUCAGUAUCUGGGAAAAUGGCGUUCUAUGCUGCUCCAUGGCGUUAAAGACCACAUUUUGGAGGACGGCAUAGGACACCCUUUGUCAAUAAGGGGUUAAAUAUUUUUCUUGUCUGAAAUGGGUAAGAAUAAAGAGAUACUCUAAGCACAAAAAAAAAUUCAUCUUAGUGAAGUGGUUUUAUUGCCUAUGCCAUGUCCUUUUGUGCGGCAAUGUGAACAUAUUGGCAGUGUUUACAUUUAGCUACAACCAUGCCACUAGUGACUGUUAGACUGACAGCCGCUAGUGGCGCAUUGUACUUAAGACUUUAAAUAAUUGAAAGUCUUCACAUUCAGUGUCAUCGCACUAAACAUGGUGCUACAGAAUGCUGUGAAUGCUUUCUCUAUGACAAGCAUCCAAUUAAUUGAGUAUGGCAAUUACUGCACACAUCCAGUAUGCGUACCUCUUAACAUUUCAAAUGGACAAAGAGGGACACUUUAAUUUUAGAGGUGUUUAAAGACACAUUGCUGUGCGUAUUAUUAUAGUGAUGCUCUGGUGUAUAUACAGACACAUCAACAAUAUCAAGGACAUGGUAUAACCACGAGUGACUCGGUUGUCACCGUCAAGUCCCCUUUCCCUUGUGUUUAUAACUCAGAGUGAUUAAAGCUCCUUGCUGCUGUGAUAUAGCUGUCUCACUCAAACACUAACCGAGACUUAGUGAAGGGUGAAGAAAACUGGCUCAUUGUCAUACAGAUCCCACUUUUUUUACUUGGGGCCUCUAAACAGGAGGCCCCGAGGGAGAGCAAAGGAUUUGCGGCAUCCUGGGGCCUUGGUGUUUGUACCAGAACAAAUAAUUUAAUUAGUAGCUAGACACCUUGGCUCAGCGGUAAAAAAACCUACAAUAACUGGGGUUCCCGUGCCCACAUCCCUACAAUAGUGCCAUCCCUGAGAAGCUGUCUUCUGAACACCCAGUCUGUCCAAGAAGACUCAUUCGGAGUAUGGAAGCGGUGUCACACUUAUUUAUUAUUGUGAAACAAGACCUUCUAUACUCUAAGAUUUUACUCUUUUAUGUGCCAAAGACCAGCAAAUUUGGCAGAAAAAAAGAUCAGUGAAACAGCACUUUUGAAGAAAAAUGGUGAUGUAAAUAUUGAUAAAACAAUAGCGACACCACAAAAACCAAACAAACACAAAUUUUUUUCCUUAUAUUCAUGUUUGUUCCCCCAAGAACAUCAGAAAACCUAUUUGUACUGUAUUUCCUACCACUAAGAUGUUAAUAACUCCUUGGGAUAUCUGAAUAAGUCAAAAUGCUGUGUUAAAAGGACACUAUAGUCACCAAACCAACUUUAGCUUAAUGAAGCAGUUUUUGUGUAUAGAUCAUGCCGCUGAAGUUUCACUGCUAAAUUCUCUGCCAUUUAGGAGUUAAAUCCCUUUUGUUUCUGUUUAUGCGGCCCUAGCCACACCUUCCCUGGAUGUGACUGACAGAACCUACAUAAAAAAGUUUGUUUUCAAUCAGAUGUUAACUUACUUUAACAGUUUUUAUUUCCUGUUCUGUAAAUGUAACUUCUAGUAAGAGAGCAGGAGAUGAGAAAUUCUAAAUAAAACAGAAUUUGCAAUAAAGGAAGUAUAAACAUUAGAUGACUCUUUACAGGAGGUGUUUAGGAAGGCUGGGUAAGUCACAUGAACGGAGGUAUGAUUAGAGCUGCAUAAACAAAGUGAUUUUUUUUUUUUUAUAAUUCUUUAUUUUAUUGUGCAUGAAUUUGACAAUCAAGCUUGCCGUGCCACAACAGCUUGGGCAAACAGAUUAAAACAUUAAUAUACAUAUGAAUGGCACGUGAUAUUACUGCACAUUUUUGUUAAAAUUACUUCAUUGCAGAACAAGAAAAAACAGUCUAGGCCUACAGUUGCUAGAAUAUGUGGUGUGAUUGGAGUGUGCUCAGCUAUGCCCUGUUGUUAGUCCACACUGACUGUAAUAUAAGUGUACUGUGGUUUUGAGGUGGGUGGUCCAAUGUGUAAGUGAGUAGGCUAUCCGUCUUGUCCCUUGGAUAGGUUAGAUUUAGUUUGUUCACCGUGUGUUGCGCGGUGCGUUCCUAGCCCUAUCAGGUGGAGUUACGGGUACAUAUUCGGUAUGCCACUGGGGCACAAUAUAUGUGUAUGGCCGGUCGGUGUGGCGGGGGGGGGCAGGGAGUUAGCUAGCUAGUCAAUUGUCCCAAGGUGCGGGCUACUGCAGGCAUUAGGUUCUAUUGGGCUAGUACUCCAGCAGGUAGGUUGUCGCAGCUUUCGAGUGUGUCACCUAGAGAGUAGCCCUCUUGGUGUGCCGUGAUAGCAGCGUUGUGUUAUAGAUGUUUGGUGAGGAUGCAUGCUGGUUCGUGUGCUGUGACUAUUGCUGUGAAGGGGGGGUGUGCUGCUUGGAUUUGGGAGCUGGUUUAUCGUUCCCGUUUGGGUGGAGUAGCUAUUGAAUCGCUCUAGGGCCCCUGAGUUGGUGGGGGGGUAGUCGGGUGGUGUGUCUGGCAAGAAGUGGUGUGGGGACGUUAGUAGGUUAUAGUAGCCGGAUGGCUUUGACUGAACAUGCCUACAUAAAAUUUUAACUUUAUGACUAUGUCAACAUUAAGAGGUAUUAUCGCCUGCCAGUCCUUCGGCACUUCCCUCUACCAGAGGGGUAUUGUGAGCCCGGGUCUGGUUGGGGCGUCUCAUCCUGUGUCGGCUUCAUUGCGAGGUACAAAGGGGACUAUGUUGGAUAUGUCCCAGGAAUGUCCAGGUUUGGCAGUGUCGGGCUUGUGCCGGUUGAGCCCCAGGCUGUGGAGGAAUGGGUCGGCGUCAGCAGCUGAGGUGAGUCGGCGGGUGGUCUCGCCCUGUGUGGCUACGAGUGUGUGGGAAGGGCCCCAUCUGUACUGGAUGCCUGCUUCUCGAAGGGUCUUGGUGACCUGGCUGAUAGAACGUCUCCACUCCAACGUUGCCCUGCAGAGAUCCUGGAGAAAGGUUAGUUGGGAGCCCUCAAAUUUGAGCGGGCUCUUGUUCUUGAUGGCGUCCAUCAGUGCUUGUUUGUCGCGUAGGGACUGGAAUCUCAGGAGGACAUCGCGGGGAGCGUCUGCUGGAGCCCUUGCGGACUUGGGGAGUCUGAGUAUUCCAUCUAGUUGCAGGUUCUUCGCCUGUUUGGGGUGCAGGGUCUCCGACAGGAGGCGCCUAAUAAAGUGGGGUAGCUCCGUGUCGUUGACAGCUUCUGUGAUGCCUCUUACUUUUAUGUUGAUUCGUCUCCUAGAGUCGUCCAUCGCAUUGACUCUGGCCUGCAGGGCCUGGUGUGAGCCUUGGAGUUGUUGUAGUCGCUCUGUUGCGUCUGUCUGGCAUUGUGCCAUGGAGGUGAUAUCCUCCUCUGUGGCCUUCACCCUGUCCGUCACGGCUGUUACCUCCUCACGGAGCAGCGCCAUAUCCGUGCGGAACCAUGUGCGCAGGUGUUUCAGAAGGCCCAGGAUGUCUCCCUUCGUUGCGGGAGCCCCCAGGUCCCCUAAUUGCACGGUGGAGAAAGGGUCAUCUGCCUCAGGUAUGGCAUCUGGGGAGUCCAGUGGGUCUUCGUCCGAGGAUAGGCCUGGGGAGUCUGGCGCUGCCGCCAUUUUGGUUUUAGGCCUCGCCAGGAAUAUGUCUCCUAUUCGACGCGUGCCGUCGUCCGAGGAUGCUUUCAGCUUCUUUGAUCGUUUCCCCAUAUUGUUGUGCAGGGGUAUGCUUAGUUUUCGGCGGUGCACCGUCUAUUUUGUAGUCGUUAGCUAGGUUAUUUGCCGCUUUCAGCUCGGAGCUCAGCCGACAUGCGACUUCUCUCCAUGAAGGUCAGGCCCCGCCCCAUAAACAAAGUGAUUUAACUCAUAAAUGGCAGAUAAUUGAGCAGUGAGACUGCGGGGGAAGAUCUAUACACCAAAACUGCUUCAUUAAGCUAAAGUUGUUUUGGUGACUAUAGUGUCCAUUUAAAUUCUACAUGCCUAUUCAAUCCCCUUUAACCACAUUACUCUCCAUAGCCUCUCACCUUUCACUCAUGUUAGUGGAGAAUUUUAAUCUACCCUUUAGGUAGAAAAUAUGUUGCCAGGAGUGCCCUAGUGCCCUCCUAUAGUAAUUUGUUUUACCUUUAUAAAAUGGUUUGAUAACUUACCUGGGUCUAAGCAGGAAGCAGCAGCACCAGCCCCUGCUUUUGGACUUGCCACAAGGACAAUCAGGUUAGGUCCACUGAGGUAAACAGGGCCACCCAUACUGGGAGAGAGUCAUGACCUAAGACUGUGGUGGAAUCUCGGUAAAAAUAAAUUUAGUAGGCCGAGAUUACCACGUGGCAUGUGUACGUGCAUAUGCUGACGUAUCGAUCAGUUGGUUGCACGAGGCAAGAUACGAUCAGUAGUGUACGGAGCAUGUGCAAGAAUACAGGAUGUAGUAUUCCCCUCCUCCAUUGUGCUGGACAAGCCAUGCGGUCAAGCAGGAAGUUAAUUCUUAUUUGUAAUGAUUGGUCAAGAGAAUGUGCGGGUGGAGCUUAAUAUGGGAGGAGUUAUGUGCCUAUAUAGGGAGCCUGCACUAUUGUUCAGGGCUCAGAACUUGCUGUAUUUUUGGUGACAUUAGUCCCUCUGAGUCCCGAUCGGUGAUCCAAUAAAGAAUCUCUUCCUUCCUGAAGAAACCUGUGUCCAUCCCUCUGUGCUUUGCUUCCGUCAGUUUCUCCGGUAUCAAGACAGUGUUGGGCUAUGUAGUCAGGGCAAGAAGCAGGUAGUUCUGUUCACUCAUGCCAACUAACUCUGUCCAUGUCUGUGUCCUUUGUCUUUGACCACCUUAGCUAUAUUGUAAAUUUAUGCCAUUGUUUUUUUUUUGGGACUGUCAAAAGAACAGAGAAGUAGAUAGACAUUUAGUCUAUAAUGGUGCAAUUAAAAUAGAGGUUUGGAUAUAACCAUAACAUUUUUGAUAGCUUCACAGCAGUUAGUAGAUACAUUUUGGGCUGCCCUAACACCUAUUGGCCAGAUAUAGUCCUCAUGUGCUUUUGUGCACACUGCCUAGUCAGACAAAGCAGAAAUUAAAUUGCAUUAAUUUACUUGCUAAAGACUUGAACAUUGAACAUUCGAAUGCUAAGACUUGCCAUGGUCGUUAGAAAAGUCUAGAAUGAUUAAAUUCUAUUCAAUAAAAUGGACUGAGCUAAUUCAUACAAUAGAUAGUAAGUAAUGUAGAUUUUCUUUAUCUUGGUUUACUGAAGCGUGAUUGGGGGUGAAUGUGAUUAAAGUAUCCAACUCUUGUUUUUUGUGUUAUUUAAUAGGCUACAAUGUGGUGGGCCCUGAAAGCUCGUUUAAUUUAUACCAGCAAGAAAGAAGAAAACAACAUUAUUGGCAUGAUGCACAAGUUAAGUCAUGUUGGCAACAGAAUCCAUAACUCCUUCACUGCUGGAAUGCUACCUUCACCGGGCAAGGAUAAGGCCAGUAUUUUAAAUUACUGGGGGUGUUUGGUGUCCUGGGCUGUUAGCCAUCCUCUCUUCCUUUACUAUUUGUCCUGUUUCAUUUAUUUAUUUUUUUACCAUCCAUUAUCUCUGUUAUUUCUAAAUCUGUAUUCUCUCAUUCCUGCCUCCCCCAAGCUUUACCCUCUCUCUCUCUUUCUCUCUAACAGCUUUGCUGUUUCCCUCCUACUCAAUCUUUUUUUCCUCUCACCCUUGCUAUUUUCUUUUCUUCCUGCAAUCUCCCAUUUCAUUCUUUCGCUCUGUCUUUGCUCUUUGAGGUUCCAAGCUUAUCUAUAAAGGUAUGUCUCACCUGCAUCACCUUUCUAUGGCAGGACAGCUGUGUCCUAAUUUUUAUUUCUUUAAUCCCAUGUCUGUCUAUUUCCUAACAAUGUUAAAACUCACAAUCAGUAGAAAGCCUUAGUAUGCAGAGGGUGUGAUGCUCUUUACAAUGUAUAACAAUUUACAAUGAAUGUUCUAUGUGACCUAUAAAAUUCAUAUUGCACAGCAUGGUCCUGCUUCAGAACUUUGGCUUUUGAUAAUGCUCUACAAGUUUUUGGCAUGGUGCUUUUCCUGAGAAUGUUAUCAAGCUCAGCAGGUCUCAUAGAACAUAUCUAAAUGAUGAUUUGCUGUUUUAUUGCUUUUAAUGCUCUUUGAUUAUAGGAUGCAGAGAUUUAUGAUUGAAGCCUUGCAGGUAGUUCGUGAAAUGCCAUCAAUUUUUUUGAGUGAUUCUGUACAGUAAUGUGGGAUCUGCUGUUAAAUAGCGGGAGUGCCAGGUAGUGUGGAGGUGCAGUGCUGUUUCCGAAAGGAAGUGGCAUUGGUAUUAUACAGGGCAUGCAGGGCAUGAAUCUAGGCCAGCUGUAUCAGACACGUGUGGGUGGUUUGCAAGCUGAGAUAGAGAGGGAUUAGCAUAUACCAUCCUCCCACAGACUGUAUUGCUUAGAGAAGAUCAAUGGGAUCAAUGGUACAGCAGACGAUACGGAGGGAUAUCGGGAUGAUAACACUCACAGAGAGGUGCAUAGAAAGGAACCUACCAGGUAAGCCACAGAUCAGAGAAGCUUUUAUUCCUCACAGAGGGCAUGUUUUUUGGCAUGGAGUUAGAGUUAGGUAAUAGAUCUUUUACAAUGCAUGCUAAUUUCAGUGUUUUCAUUCUCCACAUAGCCUUGUAAAACUUAUCGCACAUAUCAAAAAUUACACUCCUUACAAAAAUGCUCUCAUAAGUGUCUCAUCAUUUUUAUAGUGGGUGGCACUCCUUCUCCAAACAUACCCUCAAUUUACAUUUCAGCUUUAUUCCUCAAGUGGUUACUUCCUUAUCCCAACACAUCCAUCACACACACCAAUCUUAAACAGUCCAGUCUCCUUUAUUUACACAUAGGGCACUAGUAGUGCCUGUCUUCCUUACUAUUGGUUGGAAGCAGUAACACUACUCUUGACACCAUAUGACAGCAAAGUACAGAUUUCUAUUACACAGGGCAGGAAUGUCAGUCUUCUCAUCUACCAAACUAGGACAAUUGCGGUCUCAAUCUGUACAACCAUUAAAGACAGUGGUAGUACCAAUCUCCAUUGCAUAGAGUGGGAGGCAGUGAUGCAAGACUAACCUUUUGCUCUCUUACAUAGCAGAAUGCAAUACAACUAGGUUUACUGGCACCCAGCCUAGACACCUGUAUAUCCAUUAUGCCAUAUAUAGGGUGAAAAUAACUGGCGUCAGGUUUUCAAGACAUCUAACACAUCUUAUUCUUCUAUUUUAACCUGAAUAGUGCCAUCCAGAGUUUGUUUGUCUACAAUUCUGUGAUUAGUAAUUAAACCUUGAGCUGUAAACAGGAUAAAGCCAUCAGUAAAAGUUGGCAACAGGGAAGGAGGGGGGAAUAAUCCUUAUCAAAGUAACCAGAGCAGAUUUAAGGAAUGGGAUUUGAUUUCAAACAGGUGUACUCAAUGACAUGAAUCAAUUAUCAUGGUACAGGGAACAAAGACUGUAGCGAAUUUAAAAAAAAUUGCAUAAAAAUUGGUGUGGAACACAGGACAGAGAGGCUAAUAGGAAUUGUAUUAAGAAGCUAUGGGAAUUUGAGGAUAUAAAAUCGUACCAAAGGGAAACCAGCAGCUGAGCUUUGAGAAGGUAGGGGCAGGAUUAAGCAGUUGUCUUGGUGACAGUGAAUCAGGAAAUUAGAUGUUUAAGUCAUUCUCACAUGUUUUUUUUAGUGCCUACAGAGAAGAUCAAAAAUAAGCAAACAAAUGCAGUGUGGCACACAACAUAGGAGAAACGAAAGCAGUCAGGGCAAUGCACACAGCACUACUGACAAAGUUUAAAUCUAUCCAACAGGUUAUGGAAUCCCCUCUUUCUGCUCCUCAUGGGAUCCAAAUCAAUGAUAUAACCUGUGACUCUUUCCGUGUGUCCUGGGAGAUGCCACCUUAUGACAUCCAGAGAAUAACUCACUACUUCAUUGAUCUGAACAAGACAGGCGGUCAGAAGGAAAACAAGUUCAAACAUAGGGUGAGUUAUGGGGUACACUUAUUUGCAAUAAAAUGACUAAUAGUAGACUAUUGCAACUAUAUACAUUACCUGUGAUUAGUAGCAGGUGUAACCUAUUUAGUCUUUAUAUCUUUGGUAUGUAUGUUUGCGCUGUUUUGGCAUUGUACCUGUAAUUCAUACAAUCAGUAUCUUAGUUCCCUAACACUAUGGAUGGUCUAGGGUGUAAUGGUAAUCUCAUUUCUCAAUGCAACUACCAUGCAAUGUGGGUUUUAUAGCUGGGGAUCUGUCUGAUCCGGAGUAUCCCCUUCCACAAAGGACGUACCAACCAAACUGGUUGCGAAGGCGGUGGCUUUACCCAUGACAGUCCGUGGUCACUGGUUCCUGAGUCCACGUACUGAAUACACACUUGCUGUACAGACUGCAGUGAAACGCAGUGAUGGGGAAUAUAGUGUUUCUGGCUGGAGUGAAACAGUGAGCUUCUGUACAGGGGGUAAGAUACAUAUUGCAUGCAUGUCUGAUAUCCUUACAUUAGUGUGUGUGUGUAUAUAUAUAUAUAUAUAUAUAUAUAUAUAUAUAUAUAUAUUUUCAAAUUUCAAGUCUUAGGCCCUCUCCUCCUUUCAUAAAAUGUGGGCUCUGUGGCUCAGAUAUGACCAGGCCCACUAGAGCUGCGCCUGGGAAUUACCUCUUUUUGUUUUCUCCCAUCUUCACUGCAGGAGCUUCUCCCCCCCCCACCCCCUUCCUUCCUCUGUUUCGCCUUAUUUUAUCCUACAUUUUUCUCUUUAUUUCUCUUUCCUCUUCUAGUUUGGCUUUGUUCACUUAUCUUUGUAAACUUGGGGUCAAGUCUGCAUUGUACUCAGGGCCGGAUUAAGAGCACAGUGAGCCUGGUGCUGACAAUUAUGAUGGCCCGAAUUACGGAAUAUUAUCGACCAAAAACACUAAAACAGUCAUACCUCCCAAGCGUCAUCUGAUGGAGAUGGUGCUGGAGGGAAACUCAUAGAAUGCAGCUAUAAGAAAACACAUACUCUAUGCUAAUUUCUCUCUAAUUUAUGCUUUCAUCUUUCAAGUAAAUCCAUAACCCCUAACAGCAGUGUCCAGUGAAGCAGGAAGUCAAUGGGCGGGGUAAAAGGGUGUGCCACUGGCGCGAAUCACGUGACAAGACCUGCCAAAAGGGGUGAACAUGCCCAAAAAGGCAUGUCAGGCUGCCUUCCAAUCUUGCAGGCUGUCCAACUAAGGGCAUACUAUGCAGGCAGCACCUUGAGCUUGACAUAAAUGCGUCUAAUAAUGCGCUCACUCCAUGCUUUCUAAGGACUUUCGCCUAGCACUCGCUGGUCCACUUGUCUCCUUACCUUCUUACUAGCAGGCAGAAGUUCCUGGUAUAUAGUCUGAGACAGAGUAAAGGUGUAUGUAGUGAGUGUAGAAGAAAGGGGACAUGCCACAGUGUUAGAAAGACCAAUGUCUGCAUUACCUAAACUAAUUUUAAUGUCAGCCAGUCCACACAAGUUUUGUUCCCAUACAUCCCUCUUCCAAACUUAAAGGGACACUAUAGUCACCAGAACAACUACAGCUUAUUGUAUUUGUUCUGGUAAGCAGAAUCAUUCCAUUCAGGCUUUUUGCAGUAAACACUGUCUUUUCAGAGAAAAUAACUCCACUGGCCGCUCCUGAGAUGGCUGCUAGAGGUGCUUCCUGGGGCAGUACUGCCUAGUGUGCAGCACUGCCAUUCAGUGUCUCCACACUCUGCAUGCAGAUACUGAACUUUCCUCAUAGAUAUGCAUUGAUUCAAUUUAUCUUUAUGAGGAGAUGCUGAUUGACCAGGGCUAUGUUGGACUUGUGCUGGCUCUGCCCCUGAUCUGUCUAGUUGACAGUCUCAGCCAAUCCUAUGGGGAAGUAUUGUAAUUUGCUCAGACCACCACUUCUGAGCCAGCAGCUGCAGACUUGAAUACAAGUAAUAUUUUACUAUAUUUAGGGAGGCAAAGGAACCAGAGGGGCUAGAUGGUGGUUUUAACACAAUAGGGUCAGGUGAUUGUGUUACUGACUCUAUAGUGCUCCUUUAAGCAUGAGUAUGUGAAGAGUAGUUAAGGUUGCAACCUUUCUUGGAAAAAAACACCAGCCUUAAUCAUUUGUAUAAUUAGUUAUGUGUGACAUCACAUGAUGUAAAUCACAAGGAGUGACAGCAGAGAAAAUUCUGUAAAAUCACAAACUACUCACAGUUUGAUGCUGCUGUAUAGAUGGAUUGCUCCCAGUGUCUCCCUGUCUCCCAGUGUCUCAGUCUCGCAAGUCACCCAGUGUCUCAGUGUCCCUAUGUAUCACAGUGUCAGUGUCCCCAUGUUGCCCAGUCCCCUAGUCUCCCAGUGUCUGUGUCCCUAUUUCUCCCAGUGUCCCAAUGUCUCAGUGUGUCCCCAUGUCACUAGGAUACUGGGGACACUGAGAGACAUGGGGACACUGAGAGACCCGGGGACACAGAGACAUGGGGACACAGAGACAUGGGGACACUGAGACAUUAGGGACACAGACACUGGGAGAGAUGGGGACACUGAAACAUUUGGGGACACUAAGACACUAGGGACACAGAGACAUGGGAACACAGACACUGGGACACUAGGGGACACUGGGAGACAGACACUUAGGGACACUGGGAGACAUGGGGACAGUUGUGGACAUAGACAUGGGGACACUGGGACAUAUAGGGACACUGGGAGACAUGGGGACACCAGGCACACUGAGACACUAGGAACACAGACACUGGGAGACAUGGGGACACUGAAACAUUUGGACACUGUCCCCAUGUUUUCCAGUGUCCCCAAGUGUCCCCAGGUCUCCCAGUGUCUGUGUCCCCAUGUGUCCUAGUGUCUCAGUGUCCCCUAGUGUCUCAGUGUCCCUGUAUGUCCCCUAGUGUCUCAGUGUCCCCUAGUGUCUCAGUGUCCCCAUGUUUUCCAGUGUCUCAGUGUUCCCAGGUCUCCCAGUGUCUGUGUCUUAGUGUCUCAGUGUCCCCUAGUGUCCGUGUCACCAUGUGUCCCCUAGUGUCUCAGUGUCCCCAUGUGUCCCUGCUGCCUUUCCCCCCAUCUCUCACUUACCUGAGCUGUAGAGCUGCUGUCUGGACUCUGUGCUGUGUAGCUGCUCCCCCGUGGAUGAGUGAGUAGUAGAGAGAGGCAGGGAUAUUCUGUAACUUCCUAUCCCUGCCUCUCUCCACACACAGUGACCCCUACUGGCCGGUGCUGAUAUUGCAGAGUAAUUUCCAUUUAUUCUGAGAAAAUGACCUGCAUUUGUAUUGCCGGUAUUACUGCAAUACUGGCACGCCAGGCAGCCUCAAAUACCGGCUGUGCCAGUAAAAUACCAGUCAGGUGGCAAACCUAAGAGUAGUGUGUGUAAAAAAAAUGGGCCUAUUCCAUGGGCCUGGGCCUGGAGCUGCAGCUCCAUCAGCCCCUAUGCUGAUCCGGCCCUGAUUGUACUUAAUCACUAUAUUGUCAUUGUAUCUAUGUGGCUUGUCUCUUAAAUAAAUUGAAAAAAAAAAUUCAAGUCCUAUGUUAUAAGUCAGGACUAAAGUUACUCACAACUAAAGUUAAUUUCUACUCACAAGGGCUAUAUUUGUUCUUGCCACUGGCUAGUAACAAGUGGAAAUUAUGAGCCUUGAUAUAUGUGUAUAGUUCGACAGUAUAUUAGAAUCUGUAGUAAGAGAUUAUAAGUACAAACCUCUCUGUACAUGACUGUAAAGCCAGUUUUUAAAUACAUGAUCAGAAUCUAGAAAAAUGUGUCAUCCAUAAUAUCACAACAGCACAGAAAUGAAUUUAGUAACCGCGGGAAAUAAUUGUGAUACCCGGUACAGGCUCAUGAAAUUCCACAAAAACAGAUGGAAAGUUAUGCAGAUAAUCCCAAAACAUACAAUAUAAGUGACGUCUUUAUCAUUUUCAGAUUAUGCAAUUGAACAAGUGAAGCAGCUACAGGAGAAGGCAGAAGGAAUCGCUGGGCGCAUGUUACCAUUCCAAGUCUUCUACAGAAACCAGACUGAAGAAUACUUUCAACACGUCAGGUGCAUAAAGUCUCCAUGUUUGCAGUGUCAAUAUAUUCAGUUCAUUCACUAUUCUAUCACAAAUAGAGCAAAAUUGUAGGGUAUAAUUUUAGUAACAAUAGAAACCCCUUUGGUGGGCAUUUAGAUAGAUAGAUAGAUAGAUUAUCUAUCUAAAUCACAAACUAAAAUAACAGACAAUAGUUAUACCCACUAUAACCAGUAUCAUACACCACUUAGUGAUCAAUAUACUUCCCAAGAGUAUUGGAUAUCCAACUGGAUUAUGCAGUACUUGACCCAACAAGAAUCUAUAAAAUAAUACAGAAAUACAUUUAGGCACUGAAGAAGACUGGGAAUCAGUUGAAACGCGUUUGCUGCAUCAUUUUUUACUGAAGGACUUAUUGUGGUGGUGGUAGUGUAUAUAAUUUUUUGUUGUUAUUUUACACACUGCUUUUAAAAGUCCUAUUUUAUAUAUGUAAUACCUUUUAAUAGCAAAUAUAACUUUGCAAAGCAUUAAGCAUCGUUGAUGUAUAUCCUAAGUCAGAAUUGGCACCCAGAAGCUCUCUAUAUAGAGCCUGGGAGUGUUUUCUCUAUAAACAUAUUUGCAGAUUGCACUGUGUAUUUCUGUAUUAUUUUAUAGAUUCUUGUUGGGUCAAGUACUGCAUUAUCCAGUUGGAUAUCCAAUACUCUUGGAAAGUAUAUUGAUCACUAAGUGGUGUACGAUACUGGUUAUAUUGGGUAUACUAUUGUCUGUAAUUUUAUUUUAUGCAUUUUAAGGUGUUUAGGGAUACACCUUUACACACCAAAUUAGUGAUCUUGUUGACGAAGCGCCAAUACACCUGCUAUUUCACAGCCUUUAUUUUGAAUAAAUCACAAACUAGUACAUUUCACCUUUCAGGACUGUUAUGAGAGAUGCUUUGUCAUGAAUUGUCUAAAGGAGCACACCAAGCACCAUAACCACAACAGCAGAUGUUAGUAGUUAUAGUUCCUGGUAAGCCAUGCCACCUCCUUCACAUUGUCAGGAGACCCUAUAUCAGUAUGGAAUAUACCAUUUACAUGCUAUCAGCAGCUUUAUAAAUAAAUAAUAGAGUCUCUAAGGAUCUGGUUUUUAUGACAACAUAAAAUGAUUAAAAUUAUGUGUGUAAUAGGCAUUAGGCUAGUCAAAAAAAAAAAAAAAAAAAGCAUACUAUUAUUUCAAAUAUAGCAUACAAGGUAGACAAUCCUUUAUUUUUAUGCACUGUGAAGAUUAUUAGCGUCCAAUAAUAUACACACACACCUAAUAUAGGAUCAAUACGUAAUCCUAUACAUAUGUAGUAUUGCUGUUGAUUAAAUUGAUAAUUGUGGAGAAUUGACAAAGGAGCUGCAAAUAUGAGAAAUUAUUAUAGCUAAUUUUAAUUAAGAAUUUUCCAGUUUGGCCAUUUUGAACUAAAAUGUGCGUUUCCCCAGUCAUUUUAUCACAAUGUCCAUUUUAAUGAGUAUAAUUAUUCAUUAAAAGUUUUGUUUUCUUCUUUGAAGUAUUGUUGAAGUAUUGCUUUCUUCCUUAUUUGCCCAGAGAAAAGUGGGGUGGUGUGAUGUUCCCGUCUCUAAAAGAUCAGAGUGGCAGCCAUGGAUCACCCAUCAGUGGUACACUUAAUGGUGUGUUUUUCAGUUGCAAUACCGAAUUCAACACAGGUCUUCCUCCUCAUGAUUCACCAUAUGGAAGGUGGAGGGUGACUGUACCAGCUGAAAACCUCUUCAAUGAAGGCACACACCUCUACUUUGCAGAUUUCUAUUGCAUGUAUACCGCCUACCAUUAUGUUGUCUUGGUGUUGGCACCUCGAGGGUCUCAAGGAGAUGCCUACUGCAGCGCCCGUCUGCCACUGCUUGACCCUCACAGCAACCCGUUCCUGACUCGUGGGGAGCAAGGCAAAUACUGGCACGCACAAGAUCUGAUUCUGGAAGUAAUAUACACAGAGCCAGUGCCUCUGAGGUUGGGGCAAUUAGCGGAAAUCAAGGGGCAUCAACUAAUGAGCCUCUCCACUACCAAUGCCAAGAAGGACCCCAGUUGUAAAGUGUGCAAUAUCAGUGGAGGGCAUUAGGGACACUGGAGAUUUAUGUUACUUGUGAAAUGUAUUUACAGAUUAAUUUAGAAAAAUCUCUUGUUGGUUACGGGAGCGUGGAAGAGUUAAAUCCUAGUGCAGGAUUGUCCAACCAAUCCUUUAUGCCUUGUAUUCCUGACAGAGUGUACACUUAUAUUUUGUUAGUAUGUGUCUACUACUUUAUUUGGCUGUUUACAUCCAUAAUAACUGUGGUGACCUGUAGGACUGUUUGCAUGGCUGAGCUGUAAAGGCAAGCCAUUACUAUUUUAGGGAAUAGACAGAGGACAAAAUAACACAGCAGGUUAUUAAGUGUGAGAUUGAAAGGCAACAUUUUCUCAUAAAGCACCUGAAAUUGAAUAUAGUAUGUGUAUAUGUAUUCAUAUAAAAUGUGGUCAUGUAAAAAGUAAUAUUAUCUAAACGUCUAUCCCAAAGGCACAGAACAAAUAAAUGUUUUACGAAUAACCCUGCUUGAGGGCAAGGGGUCAGAUGGUUGUUUAGUCACAUUUCUUUAUCCCUAUGUGCUCAUGCAAGGAUAUUGUAUAAAUGUGUGUCUGGGUAUAUCCUGAGGAUAAAUCUGGUAAAUAAGAUCUACUGCUCUAUAUGAAAAGUAAGGAUGUGAGAGACUUGGAAAGUGGAUCCUCUGCUAAAGAAAGAUUUACAUAUGAAAUGAACAAAAGGGGCAAAAAAAAACAAAAUUCCAUCCUUGUGAUGUCUUUGAACAAAUAAAGACUUUUAAAGUGGCGCUGUCAUGUAU